CAUUCAAGUUCAUUAAUUCAAAAAAUUCAAAUCAUUGGGGUCGUUAUAAAGGAAUAAACAUGUCAUUUGUGAAAGAAAACAAAUUAAUGGGAUUGUUACAGAUGGAUGUCACAAAACUAGAUUAACCUGUCAAUUUAAAUUUAUACAUCAUUUAUCAUCCCAUUUAUAGAUAUGGUGUGACAGUUGCUCACCCGCCAAGCCGUCACCUGUGUAAUUCGUUGGUUUUAUCAUGUUAAUGUCAAUUUUAUACCAAUUAUUGAAUUACCUCAAAAUUAGUUACCUUGGAACUAGCUCUUCAGUCUUGAUCACGCUUUCAGUGUUUUGAUUCGGAGUUUCUCCAACGACAGUGUUUAGUUAAGUGAACAUUAUGAAGAUUUUUAAACCUUAAAAUUAAUUUAAAGCUUCGGAAGUGUCUAAACAUUUUUUUACACUUUGUAUAACCAAGUUCCAUAUACCUAAAUAUGUGAAAUACAAAAAAAUAGCGACGGCUAAUGUGGUUUUAAAUUUGUUUAGUAACUGUUGAUGCUCCAGAUCUCUCUGAGCCAAAUACUGGAUUAACAGAACCUAUUUUAUUUGAUUGCAAAGCAGUGCCAAAAAAAUGUCACGGUGGACAGAUUAAGCAUGAAAAACGAGCUUGUUGAUCAAAGUUUGGCGGUAUGGAUAGACGAUCAAAAUGCCUUCUCAACGCCAUUUUUCAACUGCUUUGUAUGAUCCAAGGUUACACAAGUCAAGAUCUGGUGGUGCCACCCUUUAAAAAAUUCAGAGAUACAGUUGUAGGUCUGAAAAACGCUCUUCUCGAUUUCCAAAUUAUACCAGACGUCUUGGAGGAUGUGCCAUUGCAAGUAAUAAAGGUCAAGUUUCAAGACAAGAUUGUGAAUCUUGGGAAUAAGCUUACGUUAUUAGACAUAAUGGUUCCUCCAACCCACGUUUCAUGGGAAUUUGAAAAAGGAGCUCUUUACACAUUGAUAAUGUCAGGCCCUGACUAUCCAAGUAGAAUGCUGCCCGAAUUCCGCGAAUACCCUCAUUGGGUUGUGGGUAACAUUCCAGGCAAUAGUUACUUGGCUGGAGAAACGGUUUUUGAUUAUCAUGAUCCUCCGGAAACAUAUUAUCCAGGCACCCAUCGGUUUGUGUUCACAUUAUACAAACAAAAUGGUUCCGAGCCCGUGGAAUUCGACGAAACUAUUCUCAAAAAAGAGAAUAUGAUUCUCUUUCGGAAAUACUUCAAGACUGAAAUUUUCGGAAGGAAAUACAGAAUGGAAGCACCAAUUGGCGUAAAUUUCUUUGAGGUUGACCUAUGAAUUGUUUACACCGGAUCCACGAAUCAAUGCAAUUCAUCGCGAAUCGCAUAAAAACACAUUUUUAAUGAGUGGCACAUCUCCACACUUUCUGUCGAAAGCAAUGGGAUCAGUUCGUCAAUGAAUGAUGAGCCUAAAUUAAAUCAAACCUACUAUAUCUGUGUAAAUAUUUUUAACUUAUUUUCAAAGUGUAAUUUUUAUAAACUGUGAUAAAUAAUAAUUUUAAAAAAAGGAAAGAAAUUAGUGUUAGAAAUAAGUUGAAGAAAAUUACUCUAUCCUCGAGAGUAACUUGACUUUCCAAGUUCUAGCAUAAAUCAGGUAUAUUAUUGA